GCACUGUGUAGGUACGCCAUGACGAUGACCAGAUUUGUGACUACAGCAGCCAGCUAGGUACCUUCAACCUCUGAGUGUGCUGUCUUUCAAGCACCAGGAUUCAUGAAGUAGGUAGAAUGAAAGAUUUGGGAAGAUAAAGGAAUGCGUCUUUACUUCAACUUCAAGCUUCAGCUGGAGCUAUGGUUUCUUUCGGUUGAGAAGUUUUGCCGUUCUGGUUUUUGUAAAGGUACGGUCACGCAGCCACAGCAGGGGAGCAGCAGGGUUAGAAAGCAAGGGACAAGCUGUCGCCGGAGCUGAUUCGCUGCUUUCUUGGCUGCUCGCACUGCAGGACCAUAGAGAAUGGAAUUGAAUGGGGCAUUACUGGCGGUGGAUCCUAGCUGGUAGCUGCUGAGGGCACCUAACCACAUGCAAAGUGUACUCAUCUGGUAGAACGGCAGGCAACCAAAGACUAACCGUUCUUGGUUAGCGGUGGGUUUCCUUUGGGAAAAGCACCACCACCAAUCUUCAAAAUGCGCUGGGGCUUUGCUGCGCCUAACUAGCACUUUUGGGGCACAGCAGAUUCUCCAAAGCCCUUUUGAGCAGACAAACGAUGUCUCUGCCCACGCCUUUUGCCACUCCUUACAAUUCAAACUUCUCUGAUGACGCCGAGACAGGACAUGCGGGCACAGCCCCAGCCGCUGCUUUUGAUUCCGAGGAGGUUCCUCUAAGCCCCCGGGCGCUCCCCCAUCGUGCGAGCAAUGCGACACGCCCCGAGUUGACGUUGGCGGGGGGGGAUGCAAAGCGGCCGUUCCGGGACGUUUUGUGGGCGGGUCUGUUUCUGGGGCAUCUUGGCCUGAUAGGAUGGGCGCUCGUUGUGUGGGGCAAAAUGAGGUUCGACGGGCCAGAUCGACAUUCCCAGACAACCACCUACUGGCCGCAGUACGGAGGUGCGGCCGGGCUCGGCAUCGUGCUGACCUGGGCCUGGCUGUGGCUCUUCCGGCGGUGCUCCGCUGACAUGAUCAAGAUGUCAGUCCACUCCGUCAGCACGUUUGGGGCUGUUCUCAGCGUACUCCUCUUUUGGAACCACAGCCCCCUGUGGGGAAUCGGGUUUGCGGCGGGGGCGGCGGUCGCUUUUGUCUUCUCCUUUACGGUCACAGACAGGCUGCCCUUUACUGCUCUCGUCAUCCAAAAAGCGGUGGACCUGGUGGGCGAUUUCCCGUCCACACUAUACGUCGCGUUCCUAGUCGGCGUCGUUUCGCUGGCGUGGCUGGCGCUUUGGACGUUCGGUGCCGCAGGGACCAUCGCACUUUCGUCCGAGAAACACCGGUGGGCCAAGCUGUUUUUGCUGUCGGUGAGUCUCCUGUGGACCGCCGUCGUGGCGCACAACGUCGUCCACGUGGCAGCAGCCUGCGCGUUUGCGCAGUGGUUCCUGGCAGGGGGGGAGGGCCAGCCGCCGGAACACCGCAGCUCGCGGGGCCUGGUAGUGGCGCUGACCAGCUCAUUUGGAAGCGUCUGUUUUGGGUCGCUCUUGAGCCCGCCCGUGAGGACGCUUCGGUGGCUGGCCCGGGGGUUGCGCGGCCGCAUGCGCUCCAACGAGUGCAUGCUGUGCUGCCUGGACUGCUACCUGGGCCUCUUGGAAGGCUUCGUGCGCAUCUUCAACAAGUACGCGUACGUCCACAUGGCGAUUGGUGGGAAGGGUUUCAACCGGGCAUCGACAGAUGCGUGGGAGCGGUUCCAGCUGACCGGAGUCGAGGCCCUGGUGGCGCAGGACCUGUCGGGGGCGGUGUUACUGCUGAGCGUCGCGCUCGGGGGACUGAUCACCGGGACGGUUGUGGGCACGUGGGUGCACUAUACGCAGGAGGAUCGGACGGUCCCCGUGGCCGUCACGGGAGCGCUGCUCAGCAUGAUGCUGAUCGGCCUCGUGACUGCCGUUAUCGAAGCCGGGGUCACGACUAUUUACGUGAUGUUUGCCGAGGACCCAGCUUUAAUAAGUCGUUGGGACCCUGAGUUUGGCAGUGAGCUGGAAGCUAUGCUCAACGAAAGGCUUGCCCGUCGGGCUCGGAAACCUUUGAUUGAUAAUCCAAGAAACCAGCCGUAA